AUGGAUGAUCCUCACCGUGGAGGCUCCCAAAGCGCCCAAGACUCUGCUUCCAUUACUAUAAAUCCAUCGGACGAAGAUGCUGACGAGCAGAGUGGGGAGGUCUGGGAGAACGAGUUGAGCGAAAGUCCUUUUCCUAAGCCUACGCCGUUUAUCAGAGACGUUAGGACGACAAAAGAUCAGUGGUUGUACAUUUCACAAUCAUCAAGUUGGUCGUUCACCUUCCGGGUAGCGGAGAUGAUUAGGAGAACGUUGCAACCCGAGCCGACACAAGAUUUCCGAUAUCUCUUCGACGGCGAUGCGUACUCGCUAGACUGGACAAAUGAACUGCCUGAUCAAUCAAGUAUACUGCAGGGGGUUCCACCACAGGAUUACGCGAUCUAUCUAUUAAACGCGGUCAAGUUCAAUUUAUGCAAUAUCCUGCCGUUUUUUGAUGAGGACGAGUUCACCAAGCAAACUUCUAAGUUCUACGAGAAUCCGCAAGAGACGGUCAAAACAUCUCGUAUCUGGUAUACCCAGUUUCUCGUUGUACUGUCUUUUGGUAAAGCGUUCGUGGUCCCGUUCCAGAAUCGCACGACUCCUCCAGGAUUUGAGUUCUUCUCGCGCGCUAUGGCAUUACUUCCGACUAUUCCUGAUCUGCAAAGCGAGCCUAUAAUGGCUGUGGAACUACUGGCUCUGAUAUCAUUGUACAUGUAUUGCCUUGAUAUGAGAGCUGCUGCAUAUAUCCACAUCGGACAAGCCGCACGCUUGGCAAUGUGGUGUGGUUUACACAAGAAUGUUCCCACUGAAGUCAUUGGAGACGACCGUGCCCGGAGGUACAACAAUCUAUGGUGGUCCAUCUAUGUGAUGGACCGGCACAUAUCCUCAGCUUCAGGUUGUCCCAAAGCCGUACCAGAGGAAGACAUAACUGCGCCGCUACCUACUUCCACCGCCUCAUCCCAAAGACACGUCGUUUAUACUCUCCAUGUCAAGGUGACUCGCUUAGUAUCAAAGGUUAUCGCCACGGUAUACAUCCCGGAUGAUGUAUCCGAUCGAACAUUUCUAGACCGCACACGACGCCUCCUGAAACACUUGGCUGGUCUUGCACGAGAGCUCGAAGAUACGAUCCAUAAUGAGCUUCAGAGUACUGUUCAACUAGACUUGUCGGCUGUAACGCUUAUAACGCUUUCAUAUCAUGAAUGUGCGAUACUUGCCACCCGGCCAGUGUUGCUUUCAUUGUUCAAGAGGCGACUCAGAAACGCGCAACAGCGGUCUACGGAUCAACGACCGUAUUCAGCAGGCAUUAAGACUCUAGUCGAGACCUGCGCCAAAUCGGCGGCCAAGAUCAUUGAUCUAUUAACCGUAAGAUUGGAGAAUAACAUGAUUGAAGCCUUUCUUCCUUUUCAACUCGCGAAUCUGACUUCAGCGACAAUUAUACUACAAAUAUUGCCAUUUGUCUUCUCAUCCCAUCUCGAUUGCUCUACACUUGUGGAUAAAGCAGUCGCAAUUCUUGACGAGAUGAUCGCUCGAGGAAAUCAUAUCGCAUUGAACCGCAAGGAAUGUCUAUUUUAUAUUCGAGAUCUCCUUGAUCGGUUAGCAAGCCGAUUUCAGUCGCGCCGGGGUUCGCCAGGAGAGCCUUCCGUUCAAUCAGAAGAGCAAGCCACACUCCCACUGGAUUACUAUCCCAUUCCGGAGCUACCUGUCGAGCCUGAAAGCCACUUUCUGGUGAACUCAAUCCCGUCUUACCCCAUGUUCCCUAACGAAGACUUCUUGGCGAGCUUCGGGCUGUCAUCCGAUGCCCUUGAUAGUGUAGUUAAUCAGGUCAUGUUUGGAACACCACUAGAUCUGCAGGGCAGUUGGCAGGACGAGGAUGAACGAACACAGUUGGAUUUGGUCUAG